GAGGGUGGCGGCGUGUCGGCUGGGCAGGAAGAUCUAGGGUUUGACCAACCGAUUCGGUUCCGAACUUGGAGAUUAGAUCAGGAGGAAAGUAGCAAAUUUGGCAGCUUCCGAUCCAAGUCGGGGGUGACGGCUUGGCUUCUCUAUCCCUCAUACCUUGCUUACCGCCCUCUUUAAUGGGAUGCCCCAUUCAUCUCACCUUCUUUACCUUUUUUGUUCCGUCCCCCCUUGCCGUGCUAUAAGAUGUUGUUAUUCUGCCCUCCCUCUGCUUUCUCCACAUCUCGUCUCCUCCUCUUUCUCUUCUCGUCACAAGAGGGAGGAGGAUAGGAGAUGGCCGGCUGCAAUCAAGGAAGUUUAGCUCCUCAGGGUGAAGAGAUAUCCAUAGGGAAAAAUUAUGGAGGAAUUGCACCCAAGAAACCACUAAUCUCGAAGGACCAUAAAAGAGCUUACUUUGAUUCUGCUGAUUGGGUCCUUGGCAAGCAAGCAACAAGUCCAAAGGCAGUAACUGCCACUGAAUCUUUGAAGCCCAAGUUGAAGCGCACUCCGCCCCAUCAGCUACCGCCUCGAAGGCCGACAUGCACAAUCAAUGCGGAGGAUGCAAAUUAAGUGCUAAUGAGAUUGAAGGAAGCCCAUGACAUGCUGGUUGAAACUCCUCUUCCACCCGAGACAAACAAAAUAUUAUUAAUAUUUUUUUACCAAAAAUGAAAAAUAAAGAUAUUGAAACAGAUGGAACUGGUCAGAGAUGUUCCGCACAUGUUUGAUCAUAUGAAUCAAGGACUUCUUUGUUUCAUGAAUGAUUGCACUUCCUUGUUAAUGAUGGGAGUCUGACUUGAGUGGAUGGUAGAUUGAUUUA